UUCCUUGUGAUUAGAAGAGUUUUUACCAAGAAAGUUGUCAACAAGAUGUCCAAUGUGGGAAAAAUUAAGAUAAAAACAUUCGCGGAACUACAAGCCACGACGGACAUAAAUGUGGAGCAAGAACCGCCGCCCAAAGAUGAGGACAAAACCCCGACGAAGAAAAGGGCGGGAAAAACUCGUGCUGCAACCACGACAAAGAAAGUCCAGGCAAAAACGGAUGAAACUGGUGGCGUAAUAACAGCCAGCUCUGUAAUCAAGCGUUCUAGCAAGAAGACGCCGUUGCCGGGCCAAAUGCGCAUCGAUUCCUUCUUCAAAAGCGCCGCCAAAAACUACAAAGUAAACAUAGUGCCGCUGUCAUCCGCUAAAGAGUUCGAUUCAUCGGCGGUCAAGCGAAAGGUAGCCUCUAGGGGACGGAAGCGCCUUUUCGAAGACUCAACAUCUACUGCGUCCUCGGAAACUAUCAAUCUCAAGCCGCCAGAGAAGCGGGUGCUGCCUAGUCGCAAGGCUAAGGGCAAGGAAAAUACGAGCCUUUUCGAAGCCGAAGUGAUUGACCUGUGUUCCGAGGACGAAUGCGAGCAGACCAUUAAAGAGGAGCCCACAAUGAAAACCUCAUUGAGCCCAAAAAGUGCUACCAGACCAGCAGUCGAACCCAGCAGUCCAGAAAGGGCUAAUGAAACAAAAGCAAAGAUCUGCAGCCCUUCAAAAGAGAAGACUUCCCCUGGCCCCUCGAAAAUCCAACAGAUAGCUACUCCUCAGCCAUCAAGAACCACAACUUCGAAGGAAAGUCUUUGUGCCACAAAUUCCAAGAAAGAAACUGGACGCAAACAAAAAAAGCCAAAGCCUUGCCCGCCUUAUAAAGUCGUAGAGGGGACUUCUUUCUGCGUCGACGGAUUUCAGUUUGGAGAAAUAAAUGGGGUUUCGCACUACUUUCUCACCCACUAUCAUGCGGAUCACUAUAUCGGCCUGACUAAAAAGUUCUCCUAUCCCCUUUAUAUGAGUCCCACUACGGCGCGCCUCGUGCGAACCUUUAUUAAAGUCAACGAGGAGUAUAUUAACGAGAUUGAUGUGGACCAGACGCUGAUGGUGGAUGAUGUAGAAGUGACAGCCCUCGAAGCCAACCACUGCCCUGGAGCCCUGAUGUUUUUCUUUAAACUAAACUCUGGCCAAUGUAUUCUGCACACUGGAGACUUUAGGGCCAGUGCCGAGAUGGAAUCCCUCCCGAUCUUCUGGAAUCACGCCAACAUAGAUCUUCUUUACCUGGACACGACCUACUUGAACAAAAACUAUGAUUUUUGUCACCAGACCGAGAGUGUUGACCGAACUUUAGAGUUGGUUAAUGCCUUUAUAGAGAGAAAUCCGGCUAAGCGAAUCCUCAUAGUCUGCGGCUCCUAUGUGAUCGGUAAGGAGAAAAUCUGGCUGGCCCUGGCGAAGGAAUUUAACCUGAAGGUCUGGACCGAGAAAAAUCGCAGCAUAGCAAUCAAAUGCCUAGACUGGACAGACUUGGAAACUGUGCUAACUGAUGAUCCCCGCGCAGCAAACUUGCAUGUUAUCAGCAUGGGAAAAAUCAGCUAUCCAAGCCUAGCGGAGUAUUUUAUUACUUUCGAGGACCAAUACGACAUGCUGCUGGGUAUAAGACCAAGCGGAUGGGAAAAGAAUAGUAAGCCUUCCUAUGGGAAGCGAAUCAGCACGAUUGGCAUUGAAUACUCUGAACACUCUAGCUACAAGGAGUUGGAGCGGUUCGUUCGGUUUCUCAAGCCCAAGCGUGUCAUCAGCACCGUACCUGUGUGUCGAGAUCUCUUUGUUACUGGAAAGGUGCCCACGCAGUGGUACAAGUACAAAGGUCGGGCCUCCCUGCUGUCUACGGGCUAUCAGCCAUCGAUUUCCUCAUUUCUAGCCACUCCACAACGCGUUGUUCCAAAAAUGAAUUCAGAGACUGAAAUGUUCUUAAGUCCCGUAGAGGAGAAUACCUCACAUUGUAGUCAAGACGGGGGAGAAGACGACUGGCAAACCGCCAUACCGGCGGAUCGUGUAACCAUUUCAUCCAGCCUCCUGGAAGAUGAUUUGGGUCAUAGUUCUGAAAUAGUCGUUCGAAACGAACCCUUGGGUCCGGACACAUGUCCCAGUAGCGAAACAGUCGUUCAAAACGAAGACCUGGCUACAGAAAUAUCUUAUGAUACUCAAAUAAGCAUUAAACACGAAAUUCUGGAUCCAGACACGUGCCACAAACCAGUACCUUACUCCGCCAGAGUGGGUGAAGCGGAGGACCCUAUUGUCGCCCAUGAAAUCGCGCACCAAAAUAAAGACACUGGGAGCCCCUGUGGGGUAGCCUUAGUAAGCAGACUCACGUCCGAUGCCUCCGACGACUGGCUCUUAUAGCGAUACCGUCAAUGAUAGUUCUUAAGUUGUGUCUGAUAAGUAUCAAGACAAUCGGAAAGCUAGGCGUAGUUUUUGUACAACUGUUAUAAUAAUAUUUUAAUGUUAAAUAUAAGGCUUGCCCUUAACAUAUAAACAAUUUUAUGUGUACCUGUAUAUGUUUUUUAGCUCGAUAUAUAUAUAUUUCCACAAUAUUUGGCUGCCUUUCUUCUUUAUCCCAAACGUUUUAGUGUGCUGGAUACUCUUUACAUUACAGAAUAAAUUAAACUAUAGUUUAGACGAAGAAGCCAAUAUUUAUAUGUAAUGAGAAUAACAAUGAUGUCCUCCAAUGAGUAUGAUAAAGUUAUUCAAUGGUGCUCGAAGUGCUAACGAAUGUAAAUGAGUUGGAAUUCCUUCACUGAUAUGAUUUAUGUAUAAUAUUUAAACAAUAAACGAAGUAAAAGUAUAAUCGGAUUGAGCGUUCGUUUUUUUAUGGGACCUCACUGUGAACUUGUUAGGCCCUUUUUCAGUUUUCAUCUUAUAAUACGCAUAAACAAUUGACUAUACAAACACUUCACAAACAAUAGUUAUUUUCUACAUUUACAUAACCAUGGGUAAGCUAAACCAUAAAAACGUAAGCAAAGUAUUUGACUUAUUGCAUAUGACGUUGUGGAUAUUUUGGCCGGAGCAAAACUAAAAUAUAUAACAAAAGACAUUUUUGGGGCUCCUUGCCGACAGCAACUGAUUAUGAUUUGGAGAUAUACUAGACAACAAUGAAGCGCAUUUGCAUGAUGACGAGGCUGCAGGACAGGACUGCAAGAUUUGGUUUCUGGUGGGGUUAGCAGGGACUCCUAGUGGCCAUUUAA